AUGAGCGAGGAUAAUACUGAACAUGUUUCUUUGGAUGAAGAAUCUAAAGAGGAACCUCUAGAUCUAAAUGAAUCUAUAUCGGAAGGCAAGGAAAAUGAAAUAGGAGAUCGAGAGGUGGAGCAAGAGCAAGAUAACAUAGAAACUCCUGAACCAGAUGUUCAGGAAGAAGAGCAGCAACAAAAUGAGGAUAAGGAAGAGGAUGAAUUUGAUUUCGAACCACCUAAUCCAGAUAGUGAUGAAAUCGGUGGCUCCAAUGAGAAACCAACCGAUGUAGUCAGUAGGGCUAGCGAAGAAUUGAAUAAUCUGGAAGUGGUGGAUGAUACAGAUCCUGAGACAAAGUUAGGUGUACCUACUGCAAUAGAGGAUAAAAUUCUUGAUAUACCCGAGCAACCUGUGGAAGAAGUCGCUCCGGAACCAAUCCUAGUGGAUGUGGCAAGCAGUAAGAUAAGCAGCAAUUCUAACAAGGGUACCUCAAUUACGAAGGAUGAUACAUCAAAAGCAGAGGAUACUAUUUUGCAAGAAAAGCUGACCUCGGAAAAUGAACAAGAGGAAGUGAAAGAUACGACUGUUCCACGAGAAGAGGGUAUACUAGAUGAUGAUGUAUCUCGAAAAAAGGAAGAUGAGGAGCCAAUUGCUGAAUCCGGUGAAAACAAGCUUGAUGAGGAAGAGAAAGAAUUGGAAACAUCGACUGCUGUUUUAGGUGAGGAUAUUUCCAAAACCUUUACUCCUAAUCAAAAUGUACAAGUGAAUGUAAUUCCCCCACCACCACCUCCAAGACGCUCCUUUGAGUCCCAACCUGAAGAAAAGGUGGAUAAUGGUCUUUCAGAGAAGUCGCCAACGUCACCUGCCUUACCACCAAGACGUUCAAUGGAAAAGCAACCUCAAGAGGAGGAUGAAAAAUCAAAAGAAGAGGAGGAACAAGCGGCAUCACCCAGGUUACCGCCAAGAAAGGUAAGUAUAGAAAGAAAAUAUAAUGUACCUCCACCGCUCGAAGAAGAGAUGCGUUCGGAUACAUUCAGAAAGAACUUGGCUAUGACACAGGCAGAUACCAAGCAUGUGCGUGGGCAUGGACGUGAGAGUAAACGCAAGCAGGCAGUUCUUGACUCAGCUGCCGAGAUAAAUUUAAUUGUUAAUAGAUUUCGCGUAACUAGUCAUCAUAUUGAGGAAGAAGGUGAAACGACCAGAGAGAAUUUAGCAGAAGGUCAAAAUUUACUGAAAUCUUCUUUCACAACCAUUCUUGAAGGUAUUACUAAGAUUAGUGAGGAUGUUACCGCUGAAGAAACGCCAUUGGAAACAGAAGGUGGUAAAGAAGUUGCUUCCCUGGAGGAGUUAGAUGAAGAAGAGAAAAAGAUGGCUAACGUCGAUUGGACAUUCUGGAGUAAAGUAGUUAAUGAUUUCCCGACGGUCGCGAAAAAUGAAGCAGAUAAGUUAGAAACAAUAGUGACAGAAGGUAUUCCACCUCAGAUUAGAGGGAUUAUUUGGCAAUUGAUUUCUAACUCGAAGUCUAAGGAAAUGGAAGAUAUCUACUUAACGUUAUUAGAUACUCCAUCCACUCACGAUGCAAAUAUUAGACGAGAUUUGAAAAGGACAAACUUUAUACCUAGUGAAAAAGUUGAGUCCUUAUUCAACGUUAUCAAAGUGUAUUCUGUUUAUGACCCCGAUGUAGGUUACACUCAGGGUAUGGCCUUCAUUGCCACACCGUUAAUAGUCAAUACUAAAACGGAGGCUGAAGUGUUUAGUCUUCUAAUUGGUUUGAUGAAGAAUUAUGGGUUAAGAGAUUUCUUCCUUCCUGACAUGCCUGGGUUGAUGUUAAUGUUAUAUCAAUUUGAUAGAUUACUGGAGGAAAACUCCCCACAAUUAUUCAAUCAUUUAACUAGAGAGGGGAUUCGUUCAUCCAUGUAUGCGACUCAAUGGUUCUUAACGUUCUUCGCUUAUAAAUUCCCUUUUGAAUUUGUUUUAAGGAUAUUUGAUAUUGUUUUCGUGGAAGGUAUUGAAGCUGUUUUGAAAUUUGCUGUUGUCUUAAUGCUUAAUAAUAAAGAAAAGAUAAUAAACCUUAAAUUCGAUCAGUUGUUAAACUUCCUUAAGAAUGAAUUAUUCAUAUAUUAUCUUAAGGAGUCAGUGGAGAGUAGAGAGGGUGGUAAAUCUGUUAUUGAUAAGACACUGAACACGGAGAGCCUAACAGCUGUAAGUUCAAAUACACAACUAAAUCAAAUGAACUCUAAUGAAGAUAAGGAUUAUGAUGUGGAUUUAUUUGUUCAUGAUGCUAUGAAUAAAGUUUAUAUUACUCCAAUAUCAUUGAAACGUUAUGCUGCGGAAUAUGAUGAAAUUGAACAAUUAGAGCAUCAGAAAGAGGCACAAUAUGAAUCAUUUAGAAUUAAAAAUUAUCAAUUACAAAGGGAGUCUAAAAAAUUGGAAAGAGAUUAUGGUAUAUUAAAUAAAGAGCAUAUUGCGAUUGCCAAUGAAUUAAUUGAAAAUAGAUUGAAAGCAGAGAUGUUAUUAGAUGAAAACAAUGAUUUGAAGCAGAACCUUGAUGAUGCGAAGGCUCAAUUGGAUGAAGAGUUAAGGAAGAGAGAUUUACCCAAUCCAGAUGCGGCACUUCCUAGUGAUUUGAAGCAAGAUUUAGAUCGUACGAUGCAAAGAAAUCAAGAAGUGAUGGAGGAAAAUAGAGUACUUCAAGAUCGAAUCAUUGAAUUGGAGACGGAAGUGGAAGAAUUGAAAAGAAUCAAUAGAUUGAAAGCUAGUCGUAAGUCAACUGAUAGACAAAGGGCAACGCCAUCUACUCCUACUCCAAGUCCCCAGAAGGAGCCGCGCGCAGGUGUUAAAUCUCCUAUUGGUGGUGGAUGGUCGGGGUUUAAGAAAGUUUUCACCAAGUAG